AAUGGCAAUAAAAUUGUUUCUUUACCUAAAUAUUGAUAUAUUAUUUAUCGCAUAAUAGCCUCACUAUCGGCCGAAAUGAGCCCUCGAGUGGAGAGAGUGGACGUCGGGAAGAGUUCGCAACUGAAUUGUACGGUUUCGGGCACUCCAGUCGUGUCGCUCCAGUGGCUACACAACGGCCAACCCAUUGCCACCAACAGUCGCAUCCGAUUACUCGCCAAAGAUGUGCUCCACAUCUCAAACGUCGAGCGCCGCGACAAAGGGAUGUAUCAGUGCUUAGCCCACAAUGAUUUAGAUUCAGUGCAGGCGAGCGCACAAAUUGAGCUAGGAGACGACGCGCCGGUGUUUUUGUCAACGUUUUCCGAGCAGACCCUACAACCGGGUCAAUCACUAUCAUUAAAGUGUGUGGCGUCCGGUAAUCCCAUACCUCAGGUCACUUGGCGUCUGUACGACAACAUACCGGUGCCCGAGAGUUCCCGGUAUAGGACUGGCGAUUAUGUGACCCGCGAGGCUCUGCUCGUCAGUUAUGUCAAUAUAUCCAGCAUUACAUCUGAGGAAGGAGUACGUCUGCCAUACAAUCACAGGCAAAAGGUGUUCCCAAACGGCUCACUAACUGUUGUGGAUCUGGAGAGGGCCACAGAUGAGGGCCGGUAUACGUGUAUCGCACGACAGGCCAAGGAUGCGAAGUCGGCUCAGGGACACCUAUACGUGCAAAUCGAGUGGUAUAAAGACGGACACAAAUUGACGAAUGGAUUCUUAAGCAAAACUAAUUUAAUUCAUGUGACGGAAUACUCGCUGACACUGGCCUUCGAGUCCGUACAGCCCGACCACAGGGGCAAUUAUACAUGUGUGGCCUCAAACGCAGCUGGAAGUAGCAGUCAUAGUGCCUCAAUGAUUAUACACGGAUUACUCCGAGAGCCGCCCAACGAGUUUAAGUCGAUUACAUCGAACUCGCAUUUGCGUCCGUACGAGAACGGGUCGCUCGCCGUUCACAACGCCCAGAGGGCCGACAGCGGCUACUAUAUGUGUGCCGCCACUAACGGCAUCGGCGCCGGACUCAGCAAAGUCAUCAAACUUACUGUCAAUGUUGCCGCACAUUUUGAGUCUAAAUUCAGAGCCGAAACUGUGAGGAAAGGACUCGAAGCGAGAAUUAGAUGCGAAGCCAUUGGAGACAAACCCAUCACUAUCUCGUGGCUCAAAGACAAGCUAACGUUCAAUCCUCGCGAUGACCCCCGAUAUGAGCUCUUGGAGGCCAUCGUUUCCGAGGGAAUCAAAUCAGAGAUAGUUAUCCGAAACGCCGACCGAAGAGACAGCGCUUUAUUUAGUUGUGUGACGACCAAUGCUUACGGACACGACGACACCAACAUUCAGCUCAUUAUGCAGGAACCUCCGGACGCGCCGUCGGAUCUGAAGAUAUUAGAGCAUGAUGAUAAAUGGACGACUCGUACGCCUAACGUAACCGUAUCGGCGUCUGAGACAUCGGUUCUGGUGGGAGGUCUAAGACCUGUCACCGUUUACCAGAUCCGAGUGUUUGCCAUUAAUGGUCUCGGGAAGAGUGAGUCGAGUCAAGUGAUUGUCCUCAAGACAAUUGAAGAGACACCGGGCGGUCCGCCAUUACAUAUCAAAGCCGUGCCGUUGAGCUCAAAAUCGAUUAAGGUGAGUUGGAAGCCUCCCCGCAAAGACCUCCAGUACGGCCUAAUCCUAGGAUAUUAUAUCGGAUACAAAACGUCUGAAUCGGCAAAUUUGGAUCAAUUGAAUAAAGACUUUGUCUAUAAGACACUGGAAGUCAAGAAUGAGGCGAUUGUCGAGGAAUGCACUGUAAAUGAAUUGACGCGUUCAACGAAAUAUCAAAUUAUAGUCCAGGCAUACAAUAGCAAAGGCGCCGGACCCUCAUCUGAGCCCACUUUUGUCAAAACUUUAGAAAUGGAUCCGCCGUCGACCCCAACUCUGCGAGUCCUGAGCGCCACUACAAACUCAAUACAGCUCUCAUGGAUCAUGAAUUCCGACGACUCCACGCCCGCCACCGGCUUUAUUCUCCAUCACAAGAGGGAAUCUGCAGAUUGGGAUGAAUUGAGAUUAACUGACACUAAAUCUUAUGCUCACCAAUGGCUCAAAUGUGGCACAAGAUAUCAGUACUACUUAAUUGCGUUCAAUACUGUCGGCAAAAGCGAUGCGUCCAGUAUUGUGUCCGCCAAGACUGAAGGCGCCUCUCCUGUGGCACCCGAUAAGAACUCCCUCCUCAGCGUCAACACAACCACUGCCACCAUAUUCUUGGAUGCCUUUCACGACGGUGGUUGUCCCGUAAAUAUGUUUGAAGUGAUGUAUAAACUACAGAAGAGUCGCAAAUGGAUAUCACUGUCUAACCGGGCGUUUACAGACCAAAAGCAUAUUGUUUUGAGUGAUUUAAUGCCUUCGACUUCGUAUGAUAUUAAGAUCACAGCAUUCAAUGAGGCCGGAAGUACUGAAGCCCAGUACUCCUUCACCACAUCUUCUCUCGCACUGCAAGACGACGAGCCGGGAGUACUGUCUAGUAGUAAGUCUGCGCCGUCGGUGCCCUUCUAUGCGGACGUACUGGUGGUCGUGCCGUCGAUAAUAUCCCCAAACAAAGUGUCACAACAGGACUGCACAGAAACCGUUAAUCUGACGGAAUUGGAUGCGAGUCACGUCAAGAAGCUGUCGAUGCCUUCUGAAGACCAGUGCCAGCAGAGUAUGGCUCACUUCCCGACGCCGUACGCCAUGACCAAAGUCAAUGACACCGACGAGAGGGUCCCACUCAACGCACUCUCACGACAGUCACCACUCAAAUCUUAUAACGCAGACCACGAGGCCAUAUACGCCACCGUCAAACGCACUCCCCGUCAGCCCCGCUCUGACGUUCAUAUAUAUUGCACAGAAACCGUUAAUCUGACGGAAUUGGAUGCGAGUCACGUCAAGAAGCUGUCGAUGCCUUCUGAAGACCAGUGCCAGCAGAGUAUGGCUCACUUCCCGACGCCGUACGCCAUGACCAAAGUCAACGACACCGACGAGAGGGUCCCACUCAACGCACUCUCACGACAGUCACCACUCAAAUCUUAUAACGCAGACCACGAGGCCAUAUACGCCACCGUCAAACGCACUCCCCGUCAGCCCCGCUCUGACGUUCAUAUAUAUCAAUAUCCGACUACUGUACAGCCGGACAGCGGGUGCGAAGUGGCCGAGGGUUCAAAUAUGGGCCAUCACUGGCGCACAUCUGUGGUCAGGUUUGACAGCGACCCGCAAUCCGUCAAACUGUUUGCCUGUGAUCCUCAAACUGGUCUCAUUUAUGGCAGAAGAGAUUCCUCCUCCAGAUCUAGUCAUCACUACAAGUGAUUCUCAUUACGAAUACACAAAACACUCCCUUCUGUUAUAUUCUCGUCUCAAUUAUUAUAACUAUUAUUGAAAUUAUUUGUAAAUUUCAACUCAAAACUUAAGAUCUCUUCAUUUGUAAGUCAUUUAUAGCUAUAAUAUGGACCACAAAUGCCUCAAACAAAUCGAUGGAUUUAUUAUUUACUUUUUAUUUGUAAUUUUAAUUUAUAAAUGUAUUAAACAUUUUGUAUUCAUUUAUAAAAACUAAUUUAGCGAAC